CAUAAAUACACGGACAGAUCCAUCCAUCUAUCAAUACACCCGCACGCAUAAUAUCUAUUUCCUUUUCAUCUCUCUCACAACAAAUUUUAACUUUAAUUUCUGUUGCAUUUCGAUCUCUCGUAGCGUCUGAUCCUUCGAAUUCCAGCUAGGUGAUUGGGGGUUUAACUCUCUUUUGGCUCUUAAGCUAUGGUGAAGGAAACCGAGUAUUAUGACAUAUUGGGAGUCAGUGUGACUGCAACUCCAGCCGAUAUUAAGAAGGCAUACUACCUCAAAGCAAGGAUUGUUCAUCCAGAUAAAAAUCCCGGAGACCCAAAAGCUGCCCAUAAUUUUCAGGAACUUGGUGAGGCUUAUCAGGUUCUAAGUGAUCCUGAAAAGCGUGAAGCAUAUGACAAGCAUGGAAAGUCAGGCAUCCAAGAGGACUCGAUGCUGGAUCCUUCAGCUGUAUUUGGAAUGCUCUUCGGGAGUGAAUUCUUUGAGGAAUAUGUUGGGCAAUUUGCACUGGCUUCCUUAGCAACUGUUGAGAUUGAGGAAGACUCACAACUUCCUUCUGAAGUACGGAAGCAGAAAAUUCAGGAGAAGAUGAAGGCAAUGCAAAAGGAAAGGGAAGAAAAACUUAUAACAAUUCUGAAAAAUAAUCUUGAACCAUUUGUCGAAGGUCGGAUUGAUGAGUUUGUGGAUUGGGCAAAAUCAGAAGCUCGACGCCUUUCACAAGCUGCUUUUGGUGAGGCUAUGCUACAUACAAUUGGUUAUAUUUACACAAGGCAAGCAGCAAAAGAAAUUGGGAAGGACAAACGAUAUAUGAGGGUGCCAUUUUUAGCAGAAUGGGUAAGAGAUAAAGGGCACAUGAUAAAAUCACAGGUCAUGGCAGCUUCAGGCGCUGUAUCUUUAAUUCAAAUACAGGAGGAGCUAAAGAGGGCAACCCAAGGAGAAAAUAGAGAAGAAAACUUAAUGAAAGCCAUCGAAGAUAAGAAAGAUGCAAUGCUUCAUUCUCUAUGGCAGAUCAAUGUGGUAGAUAUAGAGACAACUUUAUCAAGAGUCUGCCAAGCAGUUCUUAAAGACCCUAGCGUUACAAGAGAUGUUCUCAAGCAACGGGCUAAAGCAAUGAAAAAGCUGGGGACCAUUUUCCAGGGCGCAAAGGAUACCUACAGUAGAGAGAACAGUCUACGCCAUGAAACCAUGCCAGUGAUGGAUGCCGCGGAUGCGUCCUCCAAGAAAAACUGAUAUUGUACGUACCUGCUUCAAGUUCUUUAGUUUAUGCAUGUAUUGUGCGUAACAGCGGUUGGCUUUCUUUGUGUCGAUUGCUUCAUUGUCAUAAGUUCGGAACUUGGAGACUUGGCCUGAGCUCUUUUUUAUUUCUUUUCCUUUUCUGUGUUUUUUUGUAUUUUGUGACUAGUAUCUCAGAUCAAUGCAUGGAAGUACUGAUGUAAUUUAUCA